CGAUACCCGUCGCGGAUGAUCCGGAUGCUGUCGUGAUUCCAAAGAGGACUCCGAAUGCGAUCGUCAAGAAGCUGUCGUAUCUAACAGUUGACAAACGGGACAAGGAUUCUCCGCCGUUGUUUGGAGGACGUCAGAACUGGAAACAGAGGGAGGAAAGCUUUAAGCUCAAUGCUACCAUGAAGGUGCACUGUGGAUUUAUGAAAAACAGUGGCGCAGACAUGGAUGAUGUUGACAUGGAGUACAUACAGAAAUGCAAAUUUGUGGUUGCCUCCGGUAUUUUUGAUGGUUACGACAUUCCUCAUCAACCAUCAAAUAUUAGCCUUCGGUCUCAAAAGUUGUUCUGCUUCUUGAUGGUGGUGGAUGAUGUAUCCCUUGACUUUAUUGAAAAGAACGUCACUGUCAGAGUCGACAAUGCAGGGGGGAAAUGGGUUGGUAUAUGGCGACUUGUAACAUUGCAUCACCCUCCAUUUGAUGAACCUAGAAGGAAUGGAAAAGUACCAAAGAUAUUGACGCAUAGACUGUUUCCUCGAGCUUGGUAUAGCAUUUGGAUUGAUGGGAAAAUGGAGCUUAUGGUUGAUCCGCUGCUUAUUCUUGAAAGGUUUUUGUUUCUGAAACCUCAACCAAGGUCAUUUUGCUUUGUUGAAGGCCUGAAAAUAGAUUUACCGCUGUUAAUUCUGUGCAGAUACCUGUGGCGGGGGAAAUAUACAUUUGCUGUGGCUGUCCAUAAGCACCAUAGAAGCAUAUAUGAGGAGGGUGAUGCAAUCAAACGGAGGAAGCGAUAUGCUCGGCCUUUGGUCGAUCUUCAGAUGAAGAUAUACUAUCACGAGGGGAUGGAGCCUUGGGAAGCAAACAAAAGGAUGCCCAGCGAUGUGCCAGAGGGAGCGGUGCUGAUCAGAGAGCACACGACGAUAGCCGAUCUGUUCAGCUGCCUCUGGUUCAACGAAGUCAAUCUUUUCACUCCUCGUGACCAGCUCAGCUUCGGCUAUGUGCUUCAUCGGCUCGGAGACGCUCUUAAACUCUUCAUGUUCCCCAACUGCGAGUACAAUUCAUUGUUUGUCUUGCACAGACACACAAGGGAGCACUCGUCGAAGGUCGAGUGGGCUAAGACGAUCGACGAGAUCGUGAAGAAGGGAUUGAAGGAGAGCAGGGGAGGGUUGGGGCUGUGGACUCCGUAUCCCGCAGACCUCAGCUCUGUUGAACUCCCCGCUGUAAAAAGAACUUCACAGGCAUCAUGAUAUUUUGUUGUGUAAAGUAGAACACUCCUUUUUUGGGUGGUGUGAGCAAUGUAAUUUGAUGUAGAUUCUGCUGCAGAUGAGAUACGAAUUCACUACAGGUUAGUU